ACGGAAUUCGAUAAGGAAACCAUUAAAUACGCUCUAAGCUUUCUAUAUAUUAAGGAUUAUAACGUACGUAAUCGAACAUUUAUUACCUUCCUCUCUACCAAAGCGGGGUCAUCGGUACCUAACUCCGAAAUCUUAAACAAAGCGCUUUCGGAACGACCGCUAACGCCUUUGAGUCGUUUACUAGUAGAGAAUAUACAAACAGCCGCAGCAGCGUUUAUAAAGGAACCUAGUACUUAUAAUAAGGGCCUUAGUAACAUCGCUCUUAUACACGCGAAGCUUCUUCUCAAAUACAAUACACUAACUGAUCUAUUCUUCCUAGGUCUUAUAGAUGCCAUACGCCUCGUUUACGGUGCAACACUAAAAUCGAAACCGAAUGAUCUAGCUCGGGAGUUACUUUCUCAAUACGUAGCACUGAAAUAUACCAUACUACUAGAGGAGACUAUAAGAGCCUUGAUAGUAGAAGGGGGUGAUUUUAUGAUUGAUGUCACCUACAAAUUAGCAAGGAGGGUAUCGAUAAGUGGAACAUCGACACAAUCUUUGGAAGGUCUUGUUGAUAAGCUUGAAAUGACCGUUUCAAGGCUAGAGCAGCAUACUAAGAAUCAAACUUGUUUACUCAAGCGUGCAGAGGAAGAAAUCCUGGAAUGGGAGAGCUGGAACCGAGGGAUUUCAGCAAAGCACAAGAAAGCGAAAAGGAUGGUGGCACCGUUUGAAUUC